AUGUUGCCCGCCAAAUCCAAGUACUUCACCCUAUCUGAUCUGGUCGAGACAGAUCCCCGUUACGCAAGUGCAAAGGCUCAAUUGUCACCUUAUGAAAGAGGAUCUGAUGAGUACCUUUUGAAAUUGAUGGAACUGUGUCCACUCUCUCACUACCCUUCAUAUGAAGAAUAUCUAGCGCAGCAGGCCGCACCAGUACCUGAUUCUGCUGAAGCGGGAUAUGGCCCUAUUUACAGAAACGUUUUAUCACCUGAAAAACAAGUUAGCUGUUUUGACAUCUCUUUACCAAGUUUUUAUCACCAUUUUCUACUGUCAACAAGACUGUGGCCAAAAAAUGAUUGUUUAGGUGUUAGACCGUUAGAUCCUACCACGGGCAAAUAUAAGGAUCAUUACGAAUUUGAAAGUUAUGAGAGAAUUGAAGAAAGAUCGAGACAUUUGGGAUCGGGUAUCAUGUCGUUGGUUAACGUUAAACGUUGUAAACCAUUAAAUACAAACGAUUUCACUGUUGCGGUUCUGUCUCAUAACAGUCUAGAAUGGGUUCUUACAGACCUUGCGUGCCAAGCCUAUUCUUUGACCAAUACUGCUCUUUAUGAUACUUUAGGCCCAGAAACAUCUGAAUACAUUAUGAACUUGACUACCGCACCCGCAUUACUAUUUGCUAAACAAACAAUUUCUCGUGUGAUUAGUAUUCUGAGGAAUUUGAAAUACGUCAAUACUUUAAUCUGUAUUGACGAUUUAUCUGAUCAAGAAUUACACGUGUUAAACACUUCACUCUUGUCUAAGAGACACAAUACAAGGGGCGAAGAAAUUUCAUUCCACUGUCUGUCUCAGGUUGAAAAGAUCGGUGAAAUUACUCAAAUUCCUACAUCUCCACCGAAUUUAGAAUCUAUUUAUACCAUUUCUUUCACAUCAGGUACGACUGGUUUACCAAAAGGUGUUUCAAUUCCUCAGAGAAAUGCAACUGCUGGGUUAGCAGGUGCUUUAUCUAUAUUUGACCGCGGUGCUACAGGCGAUACGUUUAUGAAAGAAAUAUGUUUUCUACCACUAGCUCAUAUUUUGCAAAGACAGUUCCUUUCAUUUGAUCUCUCUACGGGUGGAGCUUUAGGAUUUUUACAUGAACCUCAUCCCAUGAAUUUGGUUGAAGACUUAAAAAUUUUGAAACCAGAAUAUGUGGUUCUCGUUCCACGUAUUUUAACUAGGUUUGAAGCUGCCAUUAAGCAAGCGUUAGAGCGUCUAGGAAUAAAAAAGGAGGCCUAUGAGAGUCUACUGAGUCACAGCCCAAGCGCAUCUCCACCCGAUGCUACCGGUGCUAAGUCGCCUGAUACAACAGCCUUCCAUCAAAAUUUGAUCAGGAAAACUAGGAAUUUGCUUGGAUUGGAUAACUGUAAAUUUCUGUUGACAGGUUCUGCUCCCGUCUCUGUAGAAACUUUAAAAUUUCUUGGCAGUGCAUUGGGGGUUCAAUUGAGACAAGGGUAUGGCUUAACUGAAUCAUUUGCUGGUAUGUGUUUCGGUGAAUCCCCCGAUAUAGAAACGGGAUCUGUGGGGCCAACGUCUUUGACUUGUGAACUUAGAUUAAAAUCUGUUAAUUUCAUGGGGUACGAUGCUACAAAGGGUAAAGGUGAAGUUCAAAUGAGAGGGCCUCAGAUUUUCUCUGGAUAUUUUAAGAGACCUGAAGAGACUAAAAAUGCAAUCGAUGACGAAGGCUGGUUUUCCACUGGUGACGUAGCUGAAAUCGAUGAGAGGGGUUUACUUAGAGUUGUGGAUCGUGUUAAAAAUUUCUUCAAGAUGUCUCAAGGUGAAUACAUUGCACCUGAAAAAGUGGAGAAUAUCUAUAUAUCGUCAUGUCCCCUGGUUUCCCAAGUUUUCGCCUAUGGUGACUCCUAUCGGUCUUAUUUGGUUGGUGUAGUUGGGAUUGAUGAAGAGGCCGUUAAAGGUACUUUAGGCCAAAAGCAUGGUAGUUUAACACCUUUGAAAGGUGAGGAACUAGUAUUCGCCAUCAACAACAACGUUACCAUUAGGAAGGAUUUGUUACGCCUGCUAAAUUCUUCGUGUGACAAUCUACAAGGCUUCGAAAAACUACAUAACAUCCAUGUUGGCAUUGAACCAUUGACUGUGGAAAAAGACCUAGUCACACCAACUUUUAAGAUUAAAAGAUCGAAGGCAUCAAAAUUCUUCGAAGAAACUUUGACUCGGCUCUACGACGAAGGGUCACUGAUCAAAGACGAAAGGUUGUAG